AUAUACAACUGUCGGAGGCAAGAGGAAAAAUUGAGGAUCUGUUCAGUAGACAAUCAUCCGUCCAUCUUAGUGAAGUUGGAAGACGACGAUGGGGAGAUAUGGCUCAGCGAGGGGGGCGAGGUGGUACUUGUGACACUGAUGCAUUUGAUAAUCGAGCCGCUAACGGAGAAUCGUUUGGGGAUUCUCGAGAUGGACGACUUGGGCGAGGUACCGAAAUUGUUCUCCCUCACCCUGAACAGCACAGAAAUUCGAGGAUCAUCUCCUUUUCAUAAUCAGCCAUACCUCCGGACAGUAAAGCUCAUCAACAAUCAACUUCGAGAGUUCCCUAUGGAGUUCGUCCAUACAAUUCCUACUUUGAGAUUCUUGACGAUUCAAGGACAGCAAAUUGAAGAAGUACACAAUUAUUUAGUUUCAACUGUCACAGAAUAUCUGACGACACUUGAUUUCCAAGAUAAUGAGCUGAAAGUUAUUGGACCCAAUGCUUUGUCUCACUUUACAUCCCUGAACGCUUUGAAUUUGACGAGCAACAAGAUGGAGAGGUUAACGGAUGAUAUGUUCCGUGGUCUCCAUUUUUUGAACAUUCUCUCGUUGAAAAAUAACUCGAUAAAUACAAUUGAUCCUGAGACUUUCAUAGACCUUAUAAGGUUGAAAGUGUUGAACGUCGAUGACAACAAGUUGGAGAGGGUGACGGUUGACAUGUUCCAUGGUCUCGAUCAUUUGAAGACUCUCUCGUUGAAAAAUAACUCGAUAAAUACAAUUGAUCCUGAGACUUUCUUAGACCUCAGAAAGUUGAAAGUCUUGUACCUCGAUGACAACAAGUUGGAGAGGUUGACGGCUGACAUGUUCCAUGGUCUCGGUGAUUUGGAGAUUCUCUCGUUGAACAAUAACUGCAUAAAUACAAUUGAUCCGGAGACUUUCGUAGACCUUACAAAGUUGAAAGUCUUGAACGUCGAUUUCAACAAGUUGGAGAGGUUGACGGAUGAUAUGUUCCAUGGUCUCGGUGAUUUGGAGAUUCUCUCGUUGAACAAUAACUACAUAAAUACAAUUGAUCCUGAGACUCUCUUAGACCUUACAAAGUUGAAAGUCUUGAACGUCGAUUUCAACAAGUUGGAGAGGUUGACGGAUGAUAUGUUCCAUUGUCUCAGUAAUUUGGAGACUCUCUCGUUGAAAAAUAACUUGAUAAAUACAAUUGAUCCUGAGACUUUCUCAGACCUCGCAAAGUUGCAAAUCUUGAACGUUGAUGGCAACGAGUUGGACAGGUCUACGACUGACACUUUCAAAUUGAUGCGCUUUUUGAUAAUUUCUCAUUCACCGAGACAAUUGAGUUUUGAUGGAACAAAGUUAACAGUACAUAGACUUUGGCUGCGAUUUUUUGGAGACGUCAUGGAAAAUAAUCCACCGGAGGAACUAAGGAAUCUUUUUAUUAGCGUGUCAAAAAUGCUACGGCCCAAAUUGUACUGGUUCAUAUACAACUGUCGGAGGCAAGAGGAAAAAUUGAGGAUCUGUUCAGUAGACAAUCAUCCGUCCAUCUUAGUGAAGUUGGAAGACGACGACGAGCAGGUAUGGUUCUCGAAUGAGAUGGAACUGGUACUUGGGCCAGUGGCGCAUUUGAUAAUCGAGUCGCUAACGGAGAAUCGUUUGGAGAUUCUCGAGAUGGACGACUUGGGCGAGAUACCGCAAUUGUUCUCCCUCACCCUGAACAGCACAGAAAUUCGAGGACCAUUUCCUUUUGAUAAUCAUCCAUAUUUCCACACACUAAAGUUGAUCAACAAUCAACUUCGAGAGUUCCCUAGGGAGUUCAUCGGGGAAAUUCCUGAUUUGAGACUCUUGACGAUUCAAGGACAGCAAAUUGAAGAGGUACACAAUUAUUCAGUUUCAAUUGUCCCACCACAUCUGGGGACUUUCAAUUUCCAGGAUAAUGAGCUAAAAGUUAUUGGACCCGAUGCUUUUUAUGAGUUUAUAAACCUGCACACUCUGAAUUUGACGAGCAACAAGUUGGAGAGGUUGACGAAUGGUAUGUUCCGUGGUCUCGGUAAUUUGCAGACUCUCUGGUUGAAAAAUAACUGCAUAAAUACAAUUGAUCCUGAGACUUUCAUAGACCUUACAAGCUUGCAAGUCUUGAACGUCGAUGACAACAAGUUGGAGCGGUUGGCGGCUAACAUGUUCCAUGGUCUCGGUGAUUUGGAGAUUCUCUCGUUGAACAAUAACUGCAUAAAUACAAUUGAUCCUGAGACUUUCUUAGACCUUACAAAGUUGAAAGUCUUGAACGUCGAUGACAACCAGUUGUCGAGGUUGACGGCUGACAUGUUCCAUGGUCUCGGUGAUUUGGGGACUCUCUCAUUGAAAAAUAACAGCAUAAAUACAAUUGAUUAUAAUACUUUCUCAGACCUCAGAAAGUUGCAAAUCUUGAACGUUGAUGACAACAACUUGGACAACUUUAUGUCUGAAAUGUACAAAUAUAUCCGCCAAUGGAUGAUUGCUCAAUUGAAUUCCAAUGGAACAGAACUAUCAGUACAGGAACUUUGGAAUCGAUUUUUAAGAGCACUCAUGGAGGCUAAACCAAAAGGGAACGUAACGAAUCAUCUCAUCAACAUAUCAAAAACUCUAUGAUUUUUAUGGCACUGACUAAUUUGUUU